AUGGUAAUUCCAGUCGUGGGUGCAAGCCCACAAGAUGCUCCUCCACCAGCUGCGGUCAAGGAGUUUCACUCGUAUUUCUGGUGGGGGAUCUUCCUGAUAUUGGUGUCGAUGGCAGUGCUGCAGGUUGUUGCAGGAGACGGGUUUGGCAUGUUCUUCACACUGAUAUUGGCGGCCAUCGUCUAUUACAUGGUGUCGGACCACUGCGCCAACAUGUCGAUGUACUGCCUGCUUGUCUUCGGACUGAUAUCUGGCUUCGAAUCGCUUUUUGGUGUUUUGACACUUUUCAGCGUAGUGGGUGGACGCAGCUCAAGCACCACCCUUAUCACCAGCAAAGAUGCAACCAGUGUCACCUACGAGACACAGGUUAAGGUACAUCCGCUCUUUGACUCCACGCAGGGGACAAAGUACAACAUCCAGUCGGGCCUAUUGGUGGCUCUUCCAGUCGUGAUGCUGCUCAGUGCGCUGCUUUCGUGGUGGUCCUUCCGUGCGUAUCCAAAUUCUUUGUUCUCGGACUUUGAUGAGGAGGCGGAGCCGAUCUAUGCGCAGGGACCACCUCCAGGCCAGAUGCUUGAAAGACUCCAAAUUGUGGGUUCUGCCGAGACUGCCGUCGCGGAUGUAGGUCAGUAUGGCGGAGCUUACAGGAGUACUUGGGAGGUGGGGCAAGCGAUCCGGGCCUUAUAUCAAGAGUUGAUUCAGCUACUGGCAGCCAGUGACAUCGACAUUGAUGGCUUGGCCAAGAUCAGCCUCCAGAGUUCAUCCAGCCAGGCCACUGGACAGGCGAAUCUUGUGACUCGUCAAGUUCGCAGCUGGCCUCUGACGAAGCUGACGGAGCAUUACGAAGUUCAGGAACGUAGCAUCCAGGAUCUGCCGACUGUUCGUCUGGUUUCAGACCAAAGUGGAACGGUUUAUCGGCUCAGCUCGCUUCGCAAGCCUUGUGGCAGACACCGCCAGGAAAAGCUGAGGGCGCACGUUGCGCAGCUGCAAACUCAGCAGUUCCUGGGAACUGCCAGGAUCUUCGCAGUGUACGAAGACUGCAGGUCGAUGGCGAUAGUCACAGAGCACUGCACUGGCGGUACCGUGCAAGAGCGCAUUUUGCAGCGGAACGUCUUCUCCGAGCAGGAGUGUGCAAUGCUCGUCAAGCACAUGCUGGAGCCGCUCCGUGAACUUCACGAAGCUGGUUUGUCGCACGGCCACCUGUCGCCCGAGUCUUUCAGGUUUCAGAGCGAUCAAACUCAAGCCCCACUCAAGCUGGUGGAUUUUGGUCUCGAGCUGAAGGUGUGUUUAGACGAGUGGACACCGGAUUCUGGGCAUGGCGAGCUGCUUAUGCCGGGUGAGGCCUACGUUCGACACUGGCCUCGCAGCGCUUGUUCGCAGCUGUUCGAGACCUGCCGCUUGGUCUUCUGUGCGCCGGAAGUGCUCAAGCACCUGAAGGUCGGAUUGGAGCACGACUUGCCGGACCACCGGUUGCCGGCCGCGAGCUUGAAGCAAGGCGUCCUUGAUUGGGAGACUGCGGAUAUGCUAGAUCUGCAUCUACUAUCAGAGGCCAUUGACGCCCACUUGGCCAGGCAGCAGGACUUCGGGUGGGACUUCGCCGCUGCGGAUGCGUGGAGCGUGGGAGCAAUUGCAUUCCUUCUGCUCUGCGGGUACCCGCCAUUUUUUGCCCCUUGUAGACAUGCCAUCAUCUCGAGAGUCGAGAAGACUGACUUGUCAUUUGAUCCGCCUUUCUGGUCUAAAAUCUCGGAAGAAGCAAAGGACUUCGUCCAGAGAUGUUUGCACGGAAAUGCCGCAAAGCGGCUGACAGUGCAACAGGCAUUGCAGCACCCAUGGAUUCGACAGCUGGCAGACACAUCACCGUCUGGCUCAAUGCUGCCCUCCUUCGCGUUGAACCUACGACGCUUUUGCAGGACUUGGCUCAUCGAGGUGUUCGUGGCGAACAGCUUGGCAUCCAAGCUGACCUACCUGGGCUCGUUACAAGUGCAACGGGAGUGUCAGAAGGCGGAUAAAGACAAAGCCGGCUUCCUCACAUCAGCAGACCUGCGACAGGUCUUACAGAAUAGUGGACACUCUGACAUCGUCGAGGCCAUCGGAUCGUGCUUUGCCCGCUUUUUGCGGCAUCCCGGAGAGUCGUAUUUGGACUAUAAUGCGCUGCUCGACUCUGUCCGACUCAGACGAGAGGUGUUGCUUGAGGAGGAGAUUUGGGCCAGCUUCAGGGAAGCUGAAGGGACCGCCGAACCUACGGCACAGUCCAUAGCUUCCUUCCAGCAGGCCGCCUCUCUACAUAGCAUCCUUCGACGAGAAGGAAUGCAGGAUGGGCAUGCCAUCAGCGCCGCAGAUGGAAGCGCCGCAGAGACUUCUAAGGUCGACAUCAACGACUUUAUGGCCAAAGUGCUGUCUCAGCUGAGGUCCUUCGCUCAUGAAGCCAUGCAGAAGUCGCUCAGCAAAGAAUAG